GAUUUAAAAUAAUCUAGGCUGCAUUAUUUCCCACAAUUGAAAACUCAAAGUGUUGUGUUGAGUAAGGUGUGUGAGAACAAUAAGGCAUAUCGCAUGUGCAGAGGAAUGCUGGAGUGUUGGUGCGAGUGUCCAGCGAUUGCUCGGGUGACCUGUCACUCACAGCGCGCGCAUAAAAAAACUGAGGAAAAAAGAAAAAACAUAGUUACAAGAUGGCGACCAGCUACUGCCUGAAGACUGGAAAACAAUAGACACAGCGCAGCAGGGACGAGUUUAUUCCCUCGCCGUCCGCUUUCUCGUGUCCGUGUCGAGCUCAACCGGAGCACACGAGUCGGUUGUGUGUACUUCAAGACUUUUAACGCGCUUUUGAAAGAAAGUGAGUUUAUAAUGCUUUGUUCUAGGGCUAGUUAGCAUUCAGGCUAAGCUACAUCCGUAGCUGUAAUGUAACUGUGAGGAUCAGCUGUUAGCCGCGCUGCUACUUUAAAAGUUACUUUUACUACUAAAACUCGCUUGUAACUCUCCAAGUUGGUGUUUUUGGGCUGAAUGGAUGUAACGUACACGGUUUUAAACACCCUUUUCUAACCUUUCGUCGAUGGGGUUUUAUCUCAAGUGCGUCUUUUGUCAAACUUAAAAAAAAACGUUUCUUUUUAAGUUGUUUAUUUUUUGUUGUUGCGCGAUUUAACGACUUGUUGUGAACAAAUAAGCUCAAACGUGAGGUAAAUAUUAUUGUAAAGGGUUUAAAUAGAAAGUCAUCAAACUAAAACUUAUGAGCCCUUUCAAACUUUCCUCUAAAUUACAUUCACGUCUAAACAAAUGUAACUUCUAAAAUGAAGAAUUUAUCAGUGUUUGUGAACUCUUUCAUUCAUAAAAACGCGGUGUUAAGUUGAUUCUGUCUUGUGUCAGGACUCUAGACUAGUUUAUACUUCAGUAAUCGUGUAACGUUACAGUUAAAAGCAAACUUUACACACGUUAUUUCUGGAUAUAGGCGCUCUCGUCUAAACUAUGCGCCGAGUCUUUUGUUGUUUAAGGAGGCAGAUAGUGAAGAUAAUGGAGUCAGUGGAGUGUGUUUUGUAAAGAGACUCUCGCGAACACGAACGGCACGAUCAGUUUGAGAGUUGCUGCCAGUAUCGAGACGCGUCGUGACGCGGAUGAUGGCGGAUUAUGUGGUGCCGCGGCACAACGCGGUGAUGGAGCGGCUGCGGCGGCGCAUCGAGCUCUUCCGCCGGCAUCACACGGGCUGCGAGAACCGCUACCAGAGCAACGCGGUGGAGCGGCAGGAGAUGGAGCGGCAGCAGACCUUCGCGUUGCACCAGCGGUGCCUGCAGACCAAGGCCAAGCGGUCGAGCAAGCACCGGCAGCCCGCGGCAGCGAACGCGGAGCCCGCGGGGCACCGAGGCACCAGCGCCGGGGGAGGCGCGGAGGAGCCCGGGGAGCAGAGCAGGAACAACACGCUGAUCGCGUUGCAGGAGACGGUGAAGAGGAAGUUAGAGAGCGCUGGUUCGCCUCUCGCCCGUGAAGCGGUCAACGGCUUCAGCGAUGGCUACCCGCCCAAGAAGAAGAGCUGUGUCGAGGACGCACUCGAAGCUCGUAACGGGGUCUCGAACGGCACAGUGCCUCCUCUCUCGCCAAUGGACACUAAACAUAAUGUGAUGGCCAACGGGAACCACAGAGCAGAGCACAACGAAGCCGGCAUCACCGAUAGCGGUGCGUCUCGCGGCUCGGACUCGGAUUUCCGCAUGCGAAAAGAGAUGAAGCAGGAGCCCGUGGACGACAUAUUACCCUGCAUUCUCCCCUCAGGGGGGACAACCGGGAACAACAGCCUUUUCCCCGACCUCAACCUGGACGACCAGGACUGGAGUGAGAUCAUGGAGGAGUUUAAUCGCUCCGUACCCUACGAGGACAUACAAGAGCUCUUCAGCGUCAGUUUCGGUGACCGCAAAGACCCGGAGCUCACGUCCGCUGCGACUCCGAGCUUGAUCCCACCGGAUCUAGCCAACGUGAAGACUGAGUUCUCCCCCGCGUUCGACCAGGAGUCCUGCAACGGUUCCCCUCAGGUGAGACCCACCUCAUCCGGACCUCCGCUUCACACCAGCUCUCCUGUGUCGGCUCCGGCCACAUCGCCUGUGCAACAGCCCAGCAGGCAAAUCCCAAACCACAUGCUCCCCGCCCCGCCUAAAGACCUGUCCCUUGCGCAGCAGCUCCAACAGUUAGCGGCGGCACGCGAGCAGCAGAGAGCCAUAUUACAGAGCCAGCAACACGUGGUUCAGAAGCCUCCGCCGCCAACGCAACAAAAACCACAGUCGCAAACGCCGAAAUUCCACCCGCAACCAAACCACUCGACGUCAUGGCCCCAGAAUCCCCCCAACCAAAGUCAGAUGACUGGGACGUUUGGGCUCGAGAAGCCGACGAGUCCUUCUCUGUACCCGCAAGACUUCCCCAACCCCAAGGCCAUGCUCAUGCCGAACAAGGGCUCUCCUAAAGCGGGCGCUCCGGCCGGGUACAUGCAGCCCAUGCUCAGCCACGCGUCCAACCCCGCGGCCAUGUUGGACUACAGCAACACUAAACCCCUGUCCCAUUACGAGGCGGUGGCGUCCGGAGCUCCCCGGGGUCCUGCGACCGCACAGAGCCAGAGCAAGCAGAGCCAGGCCAUCCUGAACCUGAUGCGGCACCAGCAGAUGCAGAAGCCGAGGCCGGCCGGCAUGAGCUUCAGGCCGGCACACCUGCAGCAGCAGCACGCUCCGCAGGACUCGGGCUCGUACCCCUCGAGCGCGCACGUGCCGGGCCCGGGGACCAGCAUGCCUCCGCAGCCCAACAACACCAGCAUCAGCAGUGUGCCGACGAGCCACAAUAGUGCGGCCUACAUGAAGCAGAUGCAGAUGCUGAGCCAGCAGCAGAAACAGCAGCUCCUGCAGAGGCAGAUCAUGGCCGAGGCGCAGGAGAAGCAGCAGCAGCUCCAGAGGCAUCUGACCCGUCCACCGCCCCAGUACCAGGACCAGCAGAACCCGUUCCAGCAGCAGUUCAGCACUGUGCCCUGCCUGGCCCAACAGCACCCCUCGGCCUUCCCCGAACACACACUCUCCGGUCCGUCUCAACCAAUAGGAAACGUCAACGCCCCCGGGACGCAGCGGAUGUUCUCUCAGACGCAAAGCAUGAUGGGAAUGGGGAGCGCAGUCCCGACGGCCGGGCCUUCUCCGGCCGCCAGUCAGGCAGACAUGAGCCUCCAGUCCUGCGCGGGCGGUCUCGACGUGCAGCAAGUGCUCUACGGUAACAUGCCCAUGCACUCCGGCCAGCAGAGGGCGCAAGUGUCCAACAUGUCCAGCGCGUACCGGCAGAGCGUGCUAGCGGCGCAGCAGCACCUCAAGAGCCAGCCCAACGCCGCCAUGAUGAAGCAGCAGCAGCUAGCACGACUUCCCAACGCCAUGGCUAAUGCUAUGCCCAGCGGUCUCCAGGGUGCCUUGCCCACUCAAGCCCAGUCCUGGCAAACACAGGCUUCCCAGCAGCACCCAGUUCUCCAGCCCGGCUUCCACAUGCAGGCCAGAUUACCCAAGCUUCCCAACAGCGCCCCGUUCCCUCAGGGGGGCAUGGGCGGCAGUGGGGCGGGUCGCAUGAACCCUGCACAGAUGAUGCCCAGUAUGAGUCAACAACGGACAAAUCUGCCCCAACAGCAGACGCCCCAGCAGGCGCAGGUGCCGAGCCAACCCCAGCAGGUUCUGCCGGAUCUGGGGCCCUUCAGCCAGACGCAGGCCGGACCCAACCGCACCACGGCUCUCCAGUGCAACCAGGCCUACCAGCUCAACCGGUCAGCCAAUCAGCAGCUCCAGUUCAGCUACAACAGCCAAUCAGGAGCCGGCUUAUCCGGGUUCCCCGCGGAGACCGAUCUGGUGGACUCGCUGCUGAAGAACCAGUCGACCCAAGAGUGGAUGGACGACAUAGACGAGCUGUUGGCCAGUCACCAGUGAGUGUUCGUGUAAGACAGCGCUCUACUACUGAACCUGUGAGUGUGCGCGAUGACCCACAGGCCUGAAACUUGCACUCUUGAAGAUGUGCUUUACAGAGUCUAAAGCAAUAGUUGACCCGAUAACUCGUGAGGCGGUGCGCUGGCGGGCCAGUCCUGCUCCUGGAGGGCCACCUGAGCGAUUCAUGACCAUUCGUUAGUUUUAAAGGGGUGGCUUAUCAUUUAUCAUUAAUUAAAACGGAAACUUUUUUAUGCAUUUUUGGCUGGUCAACGGUUGAGAGUUUGAAUGAGGAGUGCUGAGCCUCCAUUGGCAUCCACACACACACACACAUGUGGCCCUUCAGGAUCAGAAAACUGUGUGUAUGAUCAUAGUUCCACUGGAGAACAGAAGGCAUUAGGUCUGCAGUUUCUUUAAAACACAUGGAUUGAGUGAGUUUAGAAAGUAGAUGUUUGAUCAAGUGUCGAGUGUAGAUGAGAUCUGAUGAACUCUACACUUCUCCAGUGGACAUCUCAUCAUUACACUUUCUUAUGUUACACUACACUUUAAUAUUAUUUUAUUUCUUCCUGCAGUUGAGUUCGAGAGACCCGUAGUUGUAGACGUGUGUGUUGGUAAGAGGGGUGACGUUCCUGUUGGUUAGGGUUAACUCUCACUUCAUCCCGGAUUCUGUGACAGGAUUUUUUUGUAUAUUUAUAUAUAUAUAUAUUUUUUUUUUGUAUGUAUGCAGUUUCUAUUGUUCAGGAGAAGAUAGAUCUUAUUUUUAUAUGUACAUUGUUGCAAAUUUUUGUAAGUAUUUUAUACUUUUUAUUAUGGUUCUCUGUAAAACAAGAGUAUUAUGUAAAUAUAGUUCUCUAGAAAUGA